AUGAACAAAUCUCAGGGAUCUGUGUCAUUCGAUGAUGUGACUGUGAAUUUCAGCCGGGACGAGUGGCUAUGCCUGAGCAGUACUCAGAGGAUCCUGUACCGGGAUGUGACACUGGAGAACUACAGCCACCUGGUCUUCGUGGGAUAUUGCCUCACCAAACCAGACGUGAUCCUCAGGUUGGAGCAAGGAGAAGAUCCAUGGACAUUAGAGGGAGAGCAUCCAGGCCAGGCUUAUCCAAGUGAGUGUUACCAGGCAAGAAAAGAAACCAGUGGGAGUCAGUUCUAG